AUUGGAUAACUCAGACCUCAAAUGAUCUGUUCAACAAGCCCGCUUUCGCGGUUGAUCAUGCUUUAAGUAGCGAGCUUCUAUAAGAUUGUCUACUCACAAUUUUUUGUUUACAAACAGUCUAUAUUACAAGCAAUGGCCCCCAAGGAACGUAGCAAACCAAAGAGUCGCUCUUCUAAAGCAGGCUUGCAAUUUCCAGUAGGAAGGGUGAGUCGGUUUUUGAAAAAUGGCAACUAUGCCGAAAGAGUUGGAGCUGGAGCACCUGUGUAUUUGGCAGCAGUCCUUGAAUACUUAACAGCUGAAGUUCUUGAAUUGGCUGGAAACGCAGCUCGUGAUAACAAAAAGACACGAAUUGUUCCUCGUCAUAUCCAACUAGCAGUGCGAAACGAUGAAGAACUGAACAAGUUAUUGGGUGGUGUUACUAUUGCGUCGGGUGGUGUUUUACCCAACGUUCAUCCUAACCUGCUUCCCAAAAAGAAAGCAAAGGAAGAAUAGGUUGUCUAUAACCAUCAGGUGUCUGUAGACACCCAUUUUAUGAAGAAAACUUGGUCACACGUAAAUAUAAUUCUUCUUCCAUUCGAAAUUUGUCCAAUAAACCAUAUUUGGGGACU